GAUUCAGUGAUGGGUGUGGUGGCCUCCGGUGGUAGGGCGUGCUUCGGUGCGGCGCGGGCUGCAGGUGCGCGAUUCCUUAGGCUGCGGGGCUGCUCCGCGGCGGCUCCCAGCCUCUCAGACGGGCGUUGCUCCGGUCCUAUGCCCGUUCAUUACCCACACCUCAUCGGGUUGGGCCUAUGCACGGCCCAUGGGACUCAUUGGAGUCGUCCCUGGCCGUCGCGAACCCUCGGGGAGCGGUCCCGAGCAUACGCCAACGGGCUUGGCCCAGACCGAGGCACUGUGCGAGGCGCGCGCGAAAGACACGCGCGAGGGCAGGCAAACGCCCGAAUCCACACGUAUUAUCAAGCUCUCGCUGCCCCGGCCCGAGGUUGCGCCGUGUGGGCAUUGGGCAGCCAAAACAGCACAUAGGCAAAAAGACCCAUAGGCAAAAAGACCAUGGCCGGCGCCGCGACGCCGCCGCUCCUGCGAAUCGGCGUGCUCGCUUUACUGGUGCUCCAGAACACGUCGCUGCGACUAGUCAUGAAGCACGCGCGGACCGUCUCUCCCAACUUUUCGGCGACGGCGGCCGUCUUCGCUUGUGAAAUUCUGAAAUUUACAACAGCGAUCGCCGUGCUCGCGCGCGUGAGGCGCUCCCUUAUCACGGCUUUAGUGGAGGUUUUGAACUACCGCGAGUUAUUGCCGAUGCUCGUACCGGCAGCUUUAUACUUAUUAGCGGAUCGCCUGCACCACGUGUCGACACGACGAUUGGAUGUUGCUGCUUUUCAAGUUCUGUCACAGUCCAAAGUUCUCACAGCCGCAUUGUUCGGCAAGGUGUUCCGGGGACGGGACUAUUCAGGCAGGCAGUGGUUCUGCCUCUGCGCGAUCGCUUGUGGCAUUGCGAUCUGCCAACUGGCAGACAUAGGCGUCGACACGCUGGAGCCGCCGGACUUAUUAGGUGUGGCUACCGUGAUGACGACGUCGUUAUUGGGUGCGGCGGCCGGUACUUAUAUAGAGGCGACGCUCCAACGCGGUUCUGGUGAUGGUGUCUUGUGGAAGCGCGCGGCGCAGAUGGCCGCGAACGGGUGUUUGAUAGCCGCGGGGCCGGCGUCGCGGUCAAAUUUGGACGGCUUCGUCUUCUCGGCGUGGCUCGUCGUCGCGUUGAAUGCGGCCGGCGGCUUGUUAGUUGCGGCGGCGAUGCGCUACGCGGAUAACGUCCUCAAAACUCUAGCGGCGUCUUUAUCGAUCGUCGUCUCUACAAUCGCGGCAACCAUCUUUCUGAGCGCGCCGGCGCCUUCAUCUAGAUUUAUGAUAGGGGGCCUGGUGGUGGUCGGCGCGAUCUACGUGUACGGCACGGCGCCGAAAGUCGUCGUGGAGACGCGC